CUUGAGUGAUGGAUGUUUACGUGUCAGCUGUCACGGAGAUGUUUUGAUUACAAAAAAUAGAUUGGAGAACCCAUUUCAUCUCGGCCUCCCGUUUUCCUGAUGCCCGGCAAUAAAUAAUUUGUAUAAAUGUCAUGGUUCGCGGACCUUGCCGGGAAGGCGGAGAGCCUCCUUAACAACCUGGAUGAACAGACUGGCGCGGCUUUGCGCCAUCAUAACGUUUCGAGGAAAAGCAAUGUGCCAGAAUUUGUUGUCGGUCAUACCACCGAGACUGUUUGGGCGCCAAAGAAACGAAUAAUGACUCGCAAUAAAAAAGCUACACCGAUACCAGCCAGUCGCAAGUCUUCACCAACGUCACAUCAUCAGCCUCGCACAACAAUCAAGGACAAUGCAGAUUCUUCAAAGAAUGGUUCUAUCAAGUCCAAGAUAUCACCUUCAAGGAAGCCCAGUCCUCACCGUCAGUUCAAUCUGGAACAGCAGUGCCCUAGAACAUUAGUUGGAGAUGUGAAAGACAAUGACUUGUAUGAAAAUUAUGGUUUGAAGCAUAGGAGGUUCAGUCUACCAUCAGACUUAGAACUGCUAAACGGUGAAGAAUGGACAUACAAGAUGCAAAACAUGGAGGUAGAGAAUGCAAUGCUAAAGAACGAACUGAAUGUAAUGAACCGAGAGGUCGCUGAACUAUUGGACAGGUUACGGAAGACAGAGGAUGGUAAUGAUGUGCAUAGUGCAGAAGUAACGAAAACUCGCAUAAAGCAAGAAACAACAGAUGUAUUAAAUCACCGUUUAAAUUUGGAGAAACAAACAUUGUCGUCACAAGUGGAACUGCUGUCAGUCAAAAUUCAGGAGCAUACUAAUGCAGAAGUAUCAAAGUUUAAAGAAUUGAACCAAAGAUUAGAAACUGACGUUACUGUAUUGAGGAGCCGAAAUAUAGAGUUGGAGGAAAAAUGUAAAAUAUUAUCAGAAGCCGCAAAAGAUAGGGAUGCAGUGCAAACCAAGCUUGAAAAUGAUUUGAGACACGCACAAUCUACUAUAAGUGAACUACAGGGUAAUUUGCAGAAGACUACGGAAGAAUGUAGGAGAUUGGAGAAAGACUGGGAGUCUUAUAAAGUGAGAGUGAAGAAUAUGCUGCAAGCUAAGGAUGCGGAGAUAAAGAAAUUACACGAAGGUUUGAAUUUUAGUGAGGAUACUAAGUCGUUGAUAGCUCAGAUGGAGCAUUUAAAAGAAGAACGCGACGAGCUCCACGACGCGGUGUCAGGCAUUCGCGCGGAGUGUACAGAUAUGAAGCAGUAUUUACAACAGGUGGAAGUAAGACACGCGGCCGCUGAGCGCGUGGUCGCCGCGCUGAGAGACGCGCUGCGGGAGGAACGCUCGGCCAGGAGUAGGGCUGAGACACAGUGUGUUGCGGUUGCUAAGGAAAUGAAAGCCAUGCAACUGGAGACAGGUCAGACAAUAGCCAGUUUACGAACAGCCUUGCGGGAUAAAGAGCACGAACUAAUCCAUCUCCGCGACACGACCUCCACCGUCCGUAGCACAGACACGAGUGCACUCAACGUCGCAGACUAUGACGUCAUGCAGGACACCAUUGAAAACAACAAGAUUGACUACCUCACUCAAACCCUCGUCCAGAGACAAACGAAGAUCGAUAAUUUAUUGGCCGAAAAUAAUAUGCUUAGGAUACAGCUGGAGAAAUUGGAAUCAAAACUAAAAACGGACCAAUCGCUGCAAAGGUUGAACUCUCACAGUGUGGUUCACUUACAAGACGGUGACGGACGUCGGUCGAGACAGGUUCACUCUACAUUGUCUGCGCUCUCACUGCGGAUCGGAAUCAUGGUCAAACGAUACCCAGUGCUUAGGGCGUUCGUUAUUGGGUAUAUGAUCUGUCUACAUUUGUGGGUCCUCACCGUAUUGUUCACAAGCACACCAGAAGAUUACGUUCCGACCUCAAAAUCUUAAACCUGUGUUACAUAAUAAUAUUCAUAAAUAAGCUAUAAACCUACUCUAACUAUAGAACAUUAUAUAUUUCAUUAAUGAGGACUCAUUGCAAACGGUAAUGAGGACUAGACCAUAAUUAAAACAGCGCCGUUGCUUAACAUUUAAAAAAAAUUAAAAACUAGUGUCACACCAUUAGACAAUACAUUUUGACAGCUAUAGUGAUUGGACAGUUUGUCUAAAGCUACUCUAACGCCAUCUCGCUUGCGGAAAUUGUUAGUCCUCUUUACAAAUUGAUUUUGUAUAGUUAAAAUAUGUUUGUCGGUUCUUUAUGAAUAGGUUGUAAGUCUUUAGUGUUAACAAAAUAUAUUUGUAUAUAAAAUAUUCCAUUAGUCUUGUAUUCCAUAUGAACUAGGUAAGUCAAAUUGAAUUUGCAAUUCAGUUGAAACGUUUGAAAGCAAUUCACAGAGCUUUAAGUUAUGAAAUACUGCGUAUAGUUAGUUUAUAUUGGGGGAAAAUAGUAUUACCAUACAAUUUGUCUAAAUAAUUCGAUUAAAAAUCUAUGAGAAGUGGAAAUUCGCCAUAAAGCAGACCAUUACCGACCUUAUGAUGGUUGGCAUACAGCUUAUAUUGGAUUAGAUAUCUUUACAAUCUUAUGAAGUUUAUAUGUGAUUUGAUGACAAAUAACAAGUUAGAAAUGUCUAUAAUAUAGCAACACUGAGGUAAUAUUACGUGGACUACGCGAAUUAAUUUGAAGCAGCAGCAUUUGUUUCGUCUCAAAAUAAUAUUUUUAAU